AUGGCAUAUCUCACUGGCAUGAGGGUCGUAGUGAGCGAGACGAGUGCAAAAGCCAGAUCGAUCGCACACAUGCUGCUUGGGAAGGGGAGUGAAGGGCCAUUUCUCGCUAGCGAGCAUAACAACCAUCUAACCAUAAAGACAUUCAUAACCAUCACGGCUGAGCGUGAUGCGGCCAUCCGCGAAUGCAACAUGGCUCUGGAGGAGCACAAGCGCGCGUUUGCGGAGCGCGACAUGGCCAUUACACCAGCUGGACGCCGCCAUCGCCGAGCGCAACGCGGCCAUUUACGAACGCGACGAAGCCAUCCGCUUGCACCAUAG